AUGUCAUCCGCUGCAGUCGAUAAUCCCAUCGGCGCCGCUCUCGCGUCGCAAUCCCCACAAAUUUCCGCCUCCAAUCUUCCGCACAGCCCCGUCGGAAAAUCAGGACCUAUAUUCGGCGAGUUAACUGCCGUCAACUGGCGGAAAUGGGCGUCUAGCCGACUGCAGCAGUCGGCGCAGCCACAGCAGCCGUCUAACGGUACCACGGAUCGCGCAGAGCAGAACUUCGCGGCGCGACAUCCUGCCAGGUUGCCACACGAGCCGUUAGUAGCCGAUCCGUCAACUCACGUUCCGUCAGAAGACGCGUCAGCAGUCGUUGAUCCGCUUACGCCUCUGCCCCGCGAAGCGCGCGGACGAGACGACGCCGACGAUCACGGCAGCUUCCACAAUGAUCGUAGCGCCGCGCAUCUGAGCAAGCGCACAGGCCAGGCGCUUUCUGGCUGCUCUGCCACGUGGCAGCCUCUUCUUCCGGGGCUACCGGAUGACGUGGCGGAACUGUGCCUCAUCCGGCUUCCGCGAACCUUAAUACAGCAAUGCAGGCAGGUAAACCGGGCAUGGAAAGUUUUUUUAGACAGCCCACGCUGCCUGCGCCUUCGAACAGCAGCCAAUCGUCUCGAGCCGUGGUUGUUCGUCCGGGCAGUCGGGCAGCCUAGAAAACAUUUCGAGUGGCACGCAUUUGCAGAAAGCGCUGGGUGGCAGAAGAUUCCCCACCCACGUGGCGCUGGCCAAUGGGAAGCCUCGGGAGUGGGGUGUGUGGGCCUUGACAGGUGUCUUUACAUGAUUGGAGGAACAGGGUCUGACCGCAAAAAACCAUUGGCUGACACUUUCAGGUACGACCCUCAAACUGCCCGCUGGACCCAGUUGGCCAAUCUCAUCGCUCCCCGCAGUUUUUUUGCCUCCUGGGCUGCCCGUGGAAAAAUAAUAGUGGCAGGAGGCAAUGCAGCAGAGCUCGAGGAGAUCAAAUCAGCGGAAGUCUACCAACCAGAGACUGACACGUGGCAGUCCAUCCCACCGCUGCCUUUGGCGUUUUCCAGCUUUGGGGCGGCAAGUUUUGGAGGGACCCUCUUUCUGACUGAAGGAGGGGAAGACUCGCAGGCUCUUUUCCUACUGCCCAGAUACUGA